GUGUCUCUGCUCUCAGUUUUUUGUAGCCUCCGACCCGGCAGUGAAGACAGACCGUCUGUGGCAGGACAAAUAUACCUUGCGAAAAUCCAUGAUCCCCUCCUUCAUCACAAUGGACCAAUCCAGAAAGGUCCUUUUGAUAGGAAAAUCAAUAAAUUUCUUGCACCAGGUUUGUCACGACCAGACGCCCACUACAAAGAUGAUAGCAGUGACCAAGUCUGCAGACUCGCCCCAGGACGCUGCAGAUUUGUUCACAGACUUGGAGACUGCAUUUCGGGGCAAAAUUGACGCGGCUUACUUUGAGACCAGCAAGUACCUGCUGGACGUGCUGAACAAGAAGUACAGCUUGCUGGACCACAUGCAGGCCGUCAGGCGGUACCUGCUUCUCGGCCAGGGCGACUUCAUUCGGCAUCUGAUGGAUUUGCUAAAACCAGAACUUGUCCGUCCAGCUACGACUUUGUAUCAGCACAACCUGACUGGAAUCCUUGAAACCGCUGUCAGAGCCACCAACGCCCAGUUUGACAGCCCCGAGAUCCUCAAGAGACUGGACGUGAGGCUCCUGGAGGUCUCUCCAGGUGACACCGGGUGGGACGUGUUCAGCCUGGACUACCACGUCGACGGGCCGAUCGCAACGGUGUUUACUCGAGAGUGUAUGAGCCACUACCUGAGAGUAUUUAACUUCCUUUGGAGGGCUAAGCGGAUGGAAUACAUCCUUACCGACAUUCGAAAGGGACAUAUGUGCAAUGCGAAGCUCCUGAGGAAUAUGCCAGAGUUCUCCGGGGUGCUGCACCAAUGUCACGUUCUGGCCUCUGAGAUGGUCCAUUUCAUUCACCAGAUGCAGUAUUACAUUACGUUUGAGGUGCUUGAAUGUUCUUGGGAUGAACUUUGGAACAAGGUGCAGCAGGCCCAAGACUUGGACCACAUCAUUGCGGCACACGAGGUCUUCCUGGACACCAUCAUCUCCCGCUGUCUGCUGGACACCGACUCCAGAGCACUUUUAAAUCAACUCAGAGCCGUGUUUGAUCAAAUCAUUGAGCUUCAGAACACUCAAGACGCGAUAUACAGAGCCGCCCUGGAAGAGCUACAGAGACGACUACAGUUCGAAGAGAAGAAGAAACAGCAUGAAGUUGAGGGCCGGUGGGGAGUGACAGCGGCAGAGGAGGAGGACGAGAACAAGAGGAUUCAAGAAUUUCGAGAAUCUAUACCGAAAAUGUGCUCGCAGCUGCGGAUUUUGACACACUUCUACCAGGGCAUCGUGCAGCAGUUUUUGGUGCUGCUGACGACCAGCUCUGAUGACAGUCUUCGGUUUCUUAGCUUCCGCUUGGACUUUAACGAGCAUUAUGAAGCCAGAGAGCCAAGGCUCCGCGUGUCUCUGGGCUCUCGAGGGCGGCGCGGCUCCCACACGUGAACCUUCCCCGUCCUCACAGGGAGCUGCGCACGCUGGGAACUGCAUCACGAGACGAACAUUCACAUUUAAGUCCUCAAGGCCACUGGCAUGCUGCGGACGUCCGCCGUUCCUGCCCACAAGUCCUUCAGUGUUUUCGAUGGCAUGGCGUCUGGUAGAAUCAAAGUCAUGUUUUUAUACAUUGGAGGUGAAUAUAUUUGUAAUAUGACUAAGUUAAACAGGCUGGUUUGCACUAUUCAAAUUUAUUUUCUAAAGUCUUCAUAUUUAAGAGAUACCACACUUUGUUGAGGCUUCUUAAGCUCUCCAUGAUAUAAUUUAUAUUUGUCACUUUUUAAGAACUCACAGUUGCUUUUAGAGAAAAUUAGAGCGAAUGGAUGUUCAUUAGUUAAGAUGGUAAUGUCAUUGCUAUUUUUUUAACAUCCUCCUUAGAGGCAGUUUUUGUUAGAUAAUCAAAUUAAAUUGAAACAGAAUGUCCCUACUAAGAAAAUAUAAUACAGAGCAUUUUAUUUUGGUUUGUAGUGUGUAAAAUAUUAACCUCUGUAAGAAUGUUUAUCCUUCUUUCAAAGUUUAUCUUCUUUCAAAGUUUACAUUUUUAUAUUUAAUUUACUCUUUCAGAUAACUUCUAAACUAGUGUAGAACUAGUUUAAUGGGGGGGGGGGACAUGAACAGAACACCCACAAGCCUCGAUUUCUCCAUCUGUCGGCUGAAGUGAUAUGUAAAUACGAUGACUAGAAAGUUAAUGAACUAUUUUAUUUUCAAAUUCUGAUAAGCAUUGGAAAGAAACUGACUUGAAUAAUGAAGAUUUCCUUUCUCCUUGCCUAUUUUUUCAUUGUAAAUAUUUAUAUACUACUGACCAGAUGUGGGGGGAACUGUUUUUUGUAAAAAUGUCUUAUCAAGUCACAUAAAUCUGCCUUUAUGAUGUUGCAUAAGUGAAACUUAGAGAAUUAAAAGCAGUUAUCUUUCAGACGUA